CGAGCAUACUGAGUUUAGGUUUUGGCGCACAAAAUCUCGGCGUCUUAAUCCUGGCUUGUGCGCAAUUCGCAAUAAUUUCUAGGCCGCUAUCAUGUCCAAGAAGUUGAACACAAGUGUGGGCGGAACGCCAACGAACACUUUGUUUAAUUAUUUUGCCAAAUCGCCGGCUGUCGAGAAAAAGAAACUGACACCGAGCGUAAAAACCGAGCCGGCAACCACAGAAAAGGAGAAUCUCAAGAACGAGCAGCCAAAGGUGAAGGAUUCCGGCAAGAAGGAUUCCGGCAAGAAGGACUCCGGCAAGGAUUCCAGCAAAAGGGAUUCCGGCAAGAAGGAUUCCAGCAAGAAGGAUUCCAGCAAGAAGGAUUCCGGCAAGAAGGAUUCCGGCAAGAAGGAUUCCGGCAAGAAAGAUUCCGGCAAGAAGGAUUCCAGCAAGAAGGAUUCCGGCAAGAAGGAUUCCAGCAAGAAGGAUUCCGGCAAGAAAGAUUCCGGCAAGAAGGAUUCCAGCAAGAAGGAUUCCGGAAAGAAGGAUUCCGGCAAGAAGGAUUCCAGCAAGAAGGAUUUUAAGCCAGCGGCGAAGAGGAAGCUGCCGCUUUCCGAAGGCUCCGACGAUGAGGCGGUCACUGGCCAGCGCAAGCGGAAGCGUAUCGUUCAGCCGGAAUCGGAGAGCGAUCCGGAAAUGAACGAAACCAAGUCGGAGGACGACUUCUCCGAAUGCGCCUCCGACUACGAACCGGACGCCAACGAGGCCAGCGAUGAUAGCGUCAGCAGCGGCGAGGAGGAGGUGUCGAUCAGCGAACAUGACGUGUCCAUGGACAGUCCCACACCCAAGAAAUCUCGCAAAAAGUCCAAGAUUCUCAACAACAACAAUGAACCUUCGAGCAAGAAGAUCAAGUUGGAGACAACUAUCCAGCUGGCCGAGGGUUCCACCUUCCAGGAGAAACUGAAGAACCUGCAGAGCAAUGCCAAGAAGGAUGCAUCGUACGAUGAUAUAGUGACCACCACCUCCACUCUGGAUGAGCCCGUCGUGUGGCCCCACCAGAAACUAGAGUUUCUGCAGCCAGACAAGAUCAAGGACAAGGCGGGAAGGCGUCCAGACCAUCCGAACUACGAUAAGAGCACCCUGCAUGUGCCAGAGAAGUUCCUCAAUGGUCUGUCGCCGGGAGUUCGUCAGUGGUGGGUCCUCAAACAAGACAACUUCGACUGCGUACUGUUCUUCAAAGUGGGCAAGUUCUACGAACUGUAUCACAUGGAUGCCGACGUGGGCGUUAACGAGCUGGGCUUCACCUACAUGCGGGGCGAGUUUGCCCACUCGGGUUUCCCAGAGAUUUCCUUCGAUAAAAUGUCCACGAUCUUGAUAGACAGGGGAUUCAAGGUGGCCCGCGUGGAGCAAACAGAAACCCCGGACAUGAUGACCGAGCGUUGCAAGCGCAUCAAGGCCACCAAGUUUGACAAAGUGGUGGCCCGCGAAAUCUGCCAGAUUACCAAUCGUGGAACCCAGGUCUUCGGAUCACAGUGCAAGAUCGGACCGAACCAUCGGCCCACCUAUAUGUUGGCUUUAGUUGAGCAGAAUGAGGGUACUUGGAGCCGGUUCGGUGUGUGCUUUAUAGACACCUCCAUAGGAGACUUCCACUUGGGCGAGUUUGAGGACGAUAAGAACUGUUCUCGUCUACUCACCCUGCUUUCCCAUCAUAUGCCAGUUUUGCUCCUCAAUGAGAAAUCCGCAUUGAGCCAGCGAUCCCAGCAAAUUGUGCGCACUGUAUUGGGCGGAAUCCUCAAGGAGCAGGUUCCCAGUAAUGGAUCGCAGGCCUGUAAUGCAGAAAAAACCCUUAAACUGUUGGCGGAGCGCUACUAUGCAGGAAAUGGUUCCAAUGAUAACUGGCCAUUGGUUCUGCGCACCAUGCAGUCGGAUGUGGAUCAUUUGGGACUCACACCCCAUGACGACUACAAGCUGGCCCUUAAAGCUCUCGGCCAGUGCAUCUUCUUCAUCCACAAGUGCAAGCUGGAGCCCAAGGUGCUGCCCAUGGCACGUUAUCAGCUCUAUGUGCCACCCGAUCAGCUGGCUGAUGUAAAGCCGACUGUGGCCUCUACUUUAAGGCGUUCCCACAUGGUACUGGAUGCCACUACCUUGUCGAAUCUGAGGAUUAUUGGCGAGGAUCACUCCCUGUUCUCCACCUUAGAUCACUGCUGCACAAAGUUUGGAAAGCGACUGCUGCACCACUGGCUUUGUGCCCCGAGCUGCGAUGUGGCAGUCAUCAAGGAGCGUCAAGAUGCUAUUGGAGAGCUGAUCAGGAUGCCAGCGGAACUGCAGGAGGUUCGUGCUUUGCUCGCCCCCAUGCCGGAUUUCGAGCGCAAUCUGGCGCAGAUUCACCUCUUUGGCAACAAGCAAAUCAAGCAAAUGGAUCAUCCGGACUCCCGGGCCAUUCUCUUCGAGGAAAAGAUAUACAACAAGCAGAAGCUACUGGGAUUCAUGGCAGUCCUGAAGGGAUUCAACACACUUACAAAACUGCCCAUGAUGUUCCAUCAGUGCGAAACAGCUUUGCUCAAGAGGAUUACCCAGCUGCCGGAAUCUGGAGGUUCAUUUCCUGACCUUAGCAAGGAACUAAAAUACUUUGCCACUGCUUUUGAUCAUGAUGCUGCGGCCAAAACGGGAGUGAUUGCUCCACAAGCUGGAAUGGAUGCUGAAUACGAUUCGGCGAUGGAUUCCAUUAACGAGAUCGAGGGACGCCUAAAGAUAUAUCUCGUGGAGCAAGAGCGCCACUUUGGUUGUCGUGUUACCUAUUUUGGAAGCGACAAGAAGCGUUACCAGUUGGAUGUGCCGGAAACCCAUGCCAGUAAGGCGAAUAAGUCUUAUACCUUGGAGGGACAAACCAAGGGCAAGAAGCCCUCGCGCCGCUACACCACUGCUGAAACCAGAGCAUUUCUUAAGGAAAUGCAGCACGCUGAAGAGACACGGAACAUGGUGCUCAAGGACUUGGCUCGUCGUCUUUUCGAGAAGUUCUCCAAUCACUACGAUCAGUGGAAGCAAUGCAUCGACUGUGUGGCCAACCUGGAUGUGCUGGGCUCCCUGGCGGAGUACGCUGGCCAACAGAUGGUAAUCUGUGUGCCAGAGCUGGUCUCUGGAGUAGAGCAGCCGUUUGUUCAACUGGAAGAGGGCUACCAUCCUUGCGUAAAUGCCUCCACCUUCAUCCCCAACGGCCUGGAGUUGGGCACAGAAUCGGAGGCGCCACUGUCCCUGCUCACUGGUCCCAAUAUGGGCGGCAAGAGCACGCUGAUGAGGGAACUAGGGCUGCUGGUUAUCAUGGCUCAAAUUGGUGCCCACAUUCCCGCUGCUAGCUGCCGCCUUUCGUUGGUGGAUAGAAUCUUCACGCGUCUGGGGGCUCAAGAUGAUAUUCUCGCCGGGCACAGUACCUUCCUCGUGGAGCUGAACGAAACCUCACUGAUUCUCAAGCACGCCACAUGCCAUUCGCUUGUGUUGCUCGACGAAUUGGGCAGGGGAACCGCCACCUACGAUGGCACGGCCAUUGCAGCCUCCGUGGUUAACUUCCUGGCCAAUCUCAAGUGUCGCACUCUGUUCUCCACCCACUACCACAAUCUGAUUGAUUUCUUUCACAAUGACAAGAGAAUCACCCUGGGUCACAUGGCCUGCAUGGUGGAGAACGAGGACACUGCGGAUCCCACCCAAGAAACGGUUACGUUCCUAUACAAAUACUCAGCCGGUGCUUGUCCAAAAUCAUAUGGAUUCAAUGCUGCCAAAUUAGCUGGAAUGCCACAAGGAAUUAUAAAGCGGGCCUAUGAGCUUUCCAAGAAAGUCGAAGCCAUUGCUCUGCAGCGCAAGAUUACGGCAAAGAUCGUAGCCGCCACCGCAGGAAAUGAAGAUUCAAAGAAGGAGAAAUUAAAUGCUCUUCAAGAAUUACUAAAGCAGCUUAAAAUGUGCCAGGUUUAGGGUUUGGUAUCUCCAUAAUUGAGGCUUUUUGAUAUUUAUGAAGACUUUUUCAAAUUGGAACGUGAAUACGUACGUACACGUUCUUAUUUGCUAUGAGGCAGCUCUGCUGUAGUUUAUGGUAUACGUUGCUUUUUAAGCUUUUUUCAAUAUUUCAAUAUGUACGAAUUUCAUUUUUUUUAUAUUUCUUAAGUUCUCUGAAGUAAAAACAUGUGCCAUCACCAAAAUCCA